AUGUCAAUGGCUAUCUGCUCCAAUGCGGCAUGCCAGGGCGAGCCACCGUAUCAAAGCGGCCUUCGAAUUAAUAGUAUCUCGUUUAGGAAGCAAAAGUUGCUGCUUUUGUUCUCCUUAGGAUCAUUAAUCGUCUUCACGUUGGCAAUCGGAUUUGUUCAGCCAAUUACUCCGUACUGCGUAGUGCUCGUGCCAGGUUUAAACACUUCAUGUCAAAUGAUGUUGGUGCCAGCCAGUAAGGUAAUUCGUGGUGGAGCGUUGGGAAUGCUAAAGGAAGCCGUCGUAGGACGAACCAGACGCGGAGCAGAAAACCAAAUCAUUGAGAAAAUCAUCGAUUUGAGUUCGUUCGACAACGAAGAGGAUAUCGUCGCGGGCAUGGCACCUGAGUACAUCACAAGUGAACAGGUGGGCCUUCAAACAUUCACAGGAAUCUUUCCAUUGAAUUCUUGCUUUACUUCAUUCAAUCGCGAAUAUUUAUAA